AUCUUCAUGUGUAAGUGCUGUAACCUCUUCUCACCGAGUCAGCUGGAGCUCCUCUCCCACGUUUCUGAGAAGCAUGCGGAAGAAGGCGUGACUGUUGAGGACAUUAUCAUCCCUCUGCGACCUCUCAGCACUCCGGAGCCCACCAACCCAAGCAGAAUCGGAGAUGAGUCUUUGGCGGUGAAGCGGAAGCGAGGCCGGCCAAAGGGGUCCACGAAGAAACUCUGUGCUGAAGAGGAGCUUCCAGAACGAGCUGCGAGUCCCACCGAGGACUGUCUGCUGACUCCCACGGAGCGGAGCAGCCCGGUGCCCAGCAGCCUGGAGUGCAGCAAAUGCUGCCGGAAGUUCUCCAAUCCCCGGCAGCUGAGAAAACACAUCUGUAUCAUGGUGCUGAAUCUCGGUGAGGAGGACAGGGAUGCAGGUAACGAAUCUGACAUUGAACUAGAAAGGAAGUAUAAGGAAGAUGACCGCGAAAAGGCCUCCAAAAGAUCCCGAGCCCAGAAGACAGAGAAAGUGCAGAAAGCGUCCUCAGGGAAGGAAGCUGGCCAGCUCCCAGGCCCCAAGAAGCCCAUCGUCAGCGUGGUUCUGACUGCACAUGAGGCGAUUCCAGGUGCUACCAAGAUCAUCCCGGUGGAAGCGGGACCCCCGGAAGCAGAGGCAGCUCAGCCCGAGAGUGCUGUGUCGGAUCUGGCCCACCGGAGGGGCUACCAGGAAUAUGCCAUCCAACAGACACCCUACGAGCAGCCCAUGAAGUCAAGCAGGCUAGGCCCCACCCAGCUCAAAAUCUUCACCUGCGAGUACUGCAACAAGGUCUUCAAGUUCAAGCACUCGCUGCAGGCGCACCUGCGCAUCCACACCAACGAGAAGCCCUACAAGUGCUCCCAGUGCAGCUACGCCAGCGCCAUCAAGGCCAAUCUCAACGUGCACCUGCGCAAGCACACAGGCGAGAAGUUUGCCUGCGGCAUCUGCCCCUUCACCUGCCUAAGCAAGGGCCACCUCAAGGUGCACAUCGAGCGGGUGCACAAGAAGGUCAAGCAGCACUGCCGCUUCUGCAAGAAGCAGUACUCGGACGUCAAGAACCUCAUCAAGCACGUCCGGGAUGCCCACGACCUGCAGGACCUCAAGGUCAAGGAGGCCCUGGACAAGCUGGGCCUAAUGACCAGGGAGGGCAAGCGGCAGCUGCUCUAUGACUGUCACACCUGCGAGCGCAAAUUCAAGAACGAGCUGGACCGCGACCGCCACAUGCUGGUGCACGGUGACCAGUGGCCCUUCGCCUGCGAGCUGUGUGGCCACGGAGCCACCAAGUACCAGGCGCUGGAACUGCACAUCCGGAAGCACCCCUUCGUCUACGUCUGUGCCGUGUGCCUCAAAAAGUUUGUCAGCUCCAUCCGACUGCGCGCGCACAUCGCGGAGGCGCAUGGGGCUGCGCAGGACGCAGCCGUCUUCAACAGCUCCAUCAACCAGAGUUUCUGCCUGCUGGAGCCCGGUGGCGACAUCCACCAGGAGGCCUUGGGGGACCAGCUGCAGCUGGCCGAAGAGGAGUUGGGGUUCCCUGGCAUCAACGCCCCCACGGACAUUCAGUCCAAGGAGGCCCACCCGGAGCCAGAGAACACUGUGGAUAUGCCUGCCCACCGGGGGCUGAAGGACCCUAUGGAUAUGCCCGCCCACCCGGGGCCAGAGGACCCUGUGGACAUGCCCACCCCGGACGAGCAACCAGCUGUGCCCCCAGCCAUAGGUGCUACUUUGCCCACUGUGGCAUUAGCCACCCUUCCUUCUUCCCCUGCGAUGGCUGCGGGUGACUUUCUGCUAAAACAGGAGACCUGCCCCAGUAUCCAAGCUCAUACUCUGCCCGCGGAGACCAUGGAGCCCCAGCACGGAGACCCAACCCAGACCCAGGACCGGGUAGUCACGGUCCUGCUGCCCAAGGACCAUGGUGCUAGCCUGCAGCAGGAAGCCCAGGGUGCAGAAAGCCCCCCAUGUGGGGGGCAGGGCACUGCUGCCCUCCCACCCGAUGACCUGAACUCCAGUGGGUGUCUUGAGUCGGACCCAGCCAAGGCCCCCGAACUUCCCCCAGUGGCGGGUGAUCAGGGCUCCUGCGAAUCCACCUCGGAACCCCCAAAUGACAUCACCCCUUUCAUGAAGAUCCUCAACAACCUGCAGAAGAAGCCGAUGAACACGGGCCUGUGUGAGAGGAUCCGCAAGGUGUACGGGGACCUGGAGUGCGAGUACUGUGGCAAACUUUUUUGGUACCAAGUGCAUUUUGACAUGCAUGUCCGCACCCACACCCGGGAACAUCUGUAUUAUUGCUCCCAGUGUCAUUAUUCCUCCAUCACCAAAAACUGUCUUAAACGCCAUGUAAUUCAGAAACACAGUAACAUCUUGCUGAAGUGUCCUACUGCCGGCUGUGACUACGCGACUCCCGAUAAAUAUAAACUGCAGGCACAUCUUAAAGUCCACACAGAGCUGGACAAAAGGAGUUAUUCUUGUCCCGUGUGUGAAAAGUCUUUUUCAGAAGAUCGAUUGAUAAAGUCACAUAUCAAGACCAACCAUCCCGAGGUCUCCAUGAGCACCGUUUCCGAGGUUCUCGGGAGGAGGGUGCAGCUGAAGGGGCUCAUAGGGAAAAGAGCCACCAAAUGCCCCCACUGCGACUUCUACUUCAUGAAGAAUGGUGCAGACCUGCAGCGGCACAUCUGGGCUCAUGAAGGUGUGAAGCCCUUCAAAUGUUCUCUGUGCGAGUAUGCCACUCGGAGCAAGAGUAACCUGAAGGCCCACAUGAACCGCCACAGCACUGAGAAGACGCACCUGUGUGACAUGUGUGGCAAGAAAUUCAAGUCGAAAGGGACGCUGAAGAGUCACAAGCUCCUCCACAUGGCGGACGGAAAACAGUUCAAGUGUACGGUGUGUGACUACACAGCAGCCCAGAAGCCCCAGCUGCUCCGGCACAUGGAGCAACACGCCUCCUUUAAGCCUUUCCGCUGUGCCCACUGCCACUACUCCUGUAACGUUUCCGGCUCCCUGAAGCGGCAUUACAACAGGAAACACCCCAAUGAGGAAUACACCAACGUGGGCACCAGGGAGCUCGCAGCUGAAGCACUGGUCCAGCAAGGUGGUUUGAAGUGUCCUGUUUGCAGCUUUGUGUAUGGCACCAAGUGGGAGUUCAACAGGCACUUGAAAAAUAAGCAUGCGCUGAAGCUGGUGGAGAACGAAGGAGACCCCAAGUGGGAGCCAGCAACAGAGGCUCUUGAGGAAGCGCCCACCCAGUAUCUCCACAUCACAGAAGCUGACGAGGAUGUGCAGGGGACCCAGGCGGCUGUGGCGGCGCUUCAGGACCUGAGAUACACCUCAGAGAGUGGUGACCGCCUGGACCCCACCGCUGUGAACAUCCUGCAGCAGAUCAUCGAGCUGGGCACUGAGACCCACGAUGCCACCGCUGUGGCCUCAGUGGUUGCCAUGGCACCAGGGACUGUGACUGUCGUGAAGCAGGUGACCAACGAAGAGCCCAGCUCCAACCACACGGUCAUGAUCCAGGAGACCCUGCAGCCCACCUUGGCUGAGGAGCAUCACCUGGUGGUGUCAGCGGAUGACGUGGAGGGCAUCGAGACGGUGACGGUGUACACCCAGGGCGGCGAGACCUCCGAGUUCAUCUUCUACAUGCCCGGGACUGUGGAGGAGGCGCCCACCGAGCCACCUGGCCCGCAGCUCUAG